GAGCAGUGAAGGAACUCUGGGUCAGCGCCCUCCUUGGACGACUGGAAGGAGUUCAGGGAGCCUGGGUGACCCAGAUGCCAUCCAGCAGGCUGCUGCUGAAGGAGCUGAGUGGCCGCCAUGCUGAGAUGACACUGGAUGCCGGCAGCCUGAAGAAGCUGCUACAGCACCAGGCCCAGGCUGGUGCCAGGCAGCUGCCAGUUCCUGUCCUCUCCAGUAGUGAGGGUUUACGUGGCCACGUGGAUGCAGGCAGGACCCGCAGGAGCAGGAGGAGGCUGCCCUGGCCAUUGGCACUGCCAGGGACCUCGGCUGCAGUAGGGGCACCAGGGCCAUCAGGCUCUGCUGGUGCAGGAGCUCUGUUUGGCCGGCCCCUGGCAGACCUCUGGAGCCAAGAUGGCAUGCUGCCACAGCCCAUCCAGGACCUGCUGGCUCUGCUCAAUGAGCAUGGCCCAUCCAGGGAGGGGAUCUUCCAGCUGGCAGCCAGCCAGCAUGCCUGCCACAAGGUCAGGGAGGCCCUGGACAGCGGGGUGCCAGUGCAGCUGGAAAACCAGCCUGUGCUGCUGCUGGCUGUCCUCUUGAAGGACCUCCUUCGUAAUAUCCCUUCCAAGCUCCUCAACACCCAGCUGUUUGAGGAGUGGAUGCACACCAUGGAGAAGACCAGAAGACAGGAGAAGCUGGCAGCACUGAAAGAGGUGGCCAGCAAGCUACCAGAGGCCAACCUCCUCCUGCUCUGGCACUUGCUGUCGCUGCUUAGCAGCAUCAGCAAGAAUGUGGCCACAACCAAGAUGACCACUGGGAACCUGGCCAUCUGCCUGGCACCAAACCUUCUGAGCCCACCCCAGGAGCUGCCCCUGGAUGUCCUGGCUCUGGAGACAGGGAAGGUGACGAAGCUCAUCCAGUUCCUUAUUGAACACCAUGAGGAACUCCUUGGAGAGCAGGUGGCUGGGCUGGCCAGCAAGGGGGAUGAGGAGACACCAGCAGCACAAGCAGAGCUGGAAACAGCAGAGGUGCCUCCUGUUGCUCCUGAGAGUGAACAGCAGAGGAGCUUUUCCAGGGAGAAAAGGUUCCCAGGCUCUUCACGCAACACUGGGAAGAGAAGAGCAGCCUGGGAAGAGGGCAGUGAUGGGCCACCAUGCCAGAAGAAGAUCAAAACUGAGCUGUCAGGGAUGGGCAACUGAAAAAAUUCAAGCAGGGGAAUAACAAGGCACCCAGGUAUGUAGCAGAGCCUGUGUUCCAUCUUUUUGCCAAGCUCUGAGUACAGGAAACACUCCUGA